UUUCUAAUUUCUCCCUCCGAUAGUGCUACCUCAGUGCGUAAUUUUUAACAAUUAAAAAAAUGAACGCAUUUUCUUUUUUCCUCUUUGCUUCCACUUCAAUUUUUCAAAAAUAUAAAAAACAAAACCACACCAUCUCUCUCCAAAGCAGAAAAUGACACUAGCUGUCGAUUUUGCUGCACAAGUUAUUACUUCACUAAUAAUCACUAUCUCUUCUUCUUCGUCUUCUUCCACUCCAACCCUUCUCCCUCAAACCCUAAAAAGCUUCUAAUCUUCCCAACCCCACCAACCACCCUCUUGAAAAAAGAUCCCAUUUCUGAGCUUAGCUUCCCAAUGGGUGUACCCAAUGCGAAUGGGUCGUGACCCUCUUCCUCUUCUUCUGCAAUGGGAAAGGGCGAAGAAGAACAGCAGCCUCUGCCUCCGUCCCAGGAUCCGCCGAGGAAUGCGGAGUGUCGGUGCCGCUGUUCUCGGAUUCGGAAGUUUGUCGGCGCCAGAUGCAUCAUCGUACUGCUCCUGUCGGUCGCGCUGUUCCUGUCUGCGGCGUUUUGGUUGCCCCCUUUUAUGAGCCUCGCAGAUCGGAGGAACCUUCAUGGAGGUUCCAGAUUCAAAGAUCAUGAUAUUGUUGCCAGCUUUAUCGUCAAUAAAUCUGUGUCUUUGCUAGAAGAUUACAAGUUUCAGCUUGCAGAUGAAAUUUUUGAUGAGAUUGAUGCUCCCUCUAGCAAAGUAGCUGUCGUGUCUCUAGAAUCCUUACCUGGGCCAAACAAGACAAGAGUGGUUUUUUCAGUUGAUUCUGAAGAUAAAGGCACAGAAAUGUCCUAUGCUGUCAUCAGUUUGAUAAGAGCUUCAUUUACGUCCCUGGUUAUACGCCAAUCAAUUCUGCAGCUUACUUCUUCAUCCUUGUUUGGAGAUCCCUACUCUUUUGAAGUGCUGAAAUUGAAGGGAGGAAUUACUAUAAUUCCACAACAGAAUGCAUUUCCUCUGCAGAAAGGGCAAGCAAAGUUUAGCUUUAAAUUGAAUUUCCCCAUUUAUCAAAUACAAUCCAAUUUUAAGGAGCUCACUAGUCAGUUAAAGUCUGGAUUACAUCUGACAUCCUUUGAGAACUUGUACAUCAGCUUAUCAAAUUCUGAUGGUUCAACAGUCGAUGCUCCUACUCUUGUCCAGUCAACAGUUCUACUUGCAGUUGGGAUUACUCCUUCAGAAGAGAGGCUAAAGCAACUGGCACAAACCAUCAUGGGACCACAUAAUCUGGGCUUGAAUCACACUGAGUUUGGUAGGGUUAAGCAGGUCCAACUUUCAUCCGUCUUGCAACACUCCCUUCAUGGAAAUGAUGGUGGUGGCUCUGCAUGGUCACCUUCUCCUGCUCCUCUGGCACAUCCUCCACACCACCACCACCAUCAACACCGGCAUCAUCACCAUCAUCACCAUGAUGCCCAUCUUUCUCCUGAAAUUUCUCCUUUACCCUCAUCUACACACGUACCAGCACCACCGGCACCAGCACCAACACCUACGCCAACACCUACACAUAGACAUGCACAUACUCAUGCACAUACUCAUGCACAUACACCUACACCUAUGCCUUCAUCUACACCCAGGAAGGGUGUGCCUCCACCAAGGGUUGGUUCUCCUACUGCAGCAAAAGUUGCACCUGCACCAAGGAAAAGUUCUCAAUCUCAGCCUCCAAAUUGUCGAUUUGGUUUUAGAAAAAGGUCUACCCAUAAUUCUGGGAAGCACGCUCAUCCUCCAACACCUGCAGUUGCCCCUAUUAUUAACACACAUCAUCCUGUUCCUGUUGCAUCACCAAAAUCGCAUAUUGACCCCCCUACACAUGUCUCUCAUUCAGAACCUGCCUUGAGUCCUUUACCGAAUGUAGCUUUUGCUCAUGCUGAGCCCCCUCCCAAGAGUGAACUUGCCCCAGAACAUUAUUACACGCAUUUACCUGGGCUAUCAUCAUCUUCUGCAGGUUGUCUUGGAACUGCUAAAUGGUCAUUUUUAAUGCUUAUAGUACUUGUGUUACGGGUAUAACAUAGUACUGGAAUUGUAUCACUCGGCCAAACAAACUAGAGUACUACAAAUAUGAGCUGCGCAAAAGGCGAGCUUCUGCACAUCCCAUCUAAGUGGAUAUAAGCUGUCAUCAUCAUGCGUGUAAAUAGUUCAUUAAAGAGAUCCACAUGCUGUAAGUGUUUUCAGGUCAAAGUCCACAAGUGGCAGGCCUUGAUCACACAAAUUACUGCUCUUUUGUGAUGUAAGAUGAAAAAAAAAUGAAAGAAAAAAAAGAAGAAAGUAACGAUUUUCUUUUGUUUCUCAUCAUCCCUUGCAAUAAAAAUCUUUGUGUAUGCUUCUGUAAGCCAGCCAAAGGCUAUGUUGGCCGAGCAUGACCAGGAAAAAUGUUCAACCAAUGAUGGCAAUGUAACACGGUUUUGAUGUUAAGAUUCUCUCCCCUUCACAUCC